ACUUCCUCCUUCUGGCCUUGUUGCUGGAGCAACUGGCUGGUUCCCGCCCCUCUCCCGCCGCCACACUGAGGGAGAACUCAGUCCAGCCUGGGCCGUGACCUAGGCCACCGUGGGGAGAGGAGACGACCUACCUCAUUCCCUCCCACGGACUCUGGGCCUCAGCCCCCCACCGCUCCCGGACCUCUGUCACACCAAGGAGCUACCGCGGGAGUGGCUGGGAGUGGGUACGCGGCCCGGGACCUCAGCCUCGCGGGAUAUCUAGAUGUAGGGGCUGGCUGCCCAAAGAGCGGAAGUGGGGUGGCGGUGUGCCCGCCGUGGCCCGGGCGGCGUAAGGGGGCGGGGGGUAUUGAGUGCAAACUUUAAAGCACGUUACUGGGCUUCUGGUGAUUAGAGGGGCGGGGACGGGGAGCGGGGCUAGACUUGAGCCCGGGAUUUGUGGCUAGAAUGUCCCUGAUCAGACACACUGGACAUGUCACUUAGCUUUUGAGCCUCAGUUGUCUUGUCUGCAAAAUAGGGAUAAAUGCUCUCACCUCACAAGGUUGUUGUGUGUGAUCUUGUUGUGUCAGUGGGUGCAUCCAUAGGGACAGCUUGAGUGGCUCUGCAUAAGAGCCAGGCCUAGAGAUGGGAGGUCUUGAUUCAAAUGUGGCCAAAGCCUUUACUGUUCUGCCUUGGAACCAAUAUACAGUACUGAUUCUAAGUCAGAAGAUCGAAUCAACAGACUCACCUACUAGCCACUGUGUAAACUUAACUGAGAAAAGACAUUUAACAGCUGUUUAACCUUUUUACAAAAUCACCAUGUCUGAUGAAGUGUCUAGCAGUAUUUUGGCCUAUACCAAGAGUCCAAAAAUCACCAAAAGAACUACUUUCCAGGAUGAAUUAGAGAGAGCAGUUUCAGCUCGUUCAUCUCGGCAACAAAGUGAAGAUUAUUCCGAUGACUUUGACAGUGAUGAUGAUGAUGAUGAUGCUGGUUCUUUUGAAAGAUAUUCUGAUACAUCAGUAGAUGAAAAGUCAACUAAUAAAAAUCUUAUUAAUGAUUUUUAUGUGUCAGAUGAUGAAGAAAAUGAUUCUCCAAAAGUAAAUUUUUUGAAAACUAAGACAACAAAUAACAAUAUAACAAAAGAUUUAGCUCCAUUUUCUAUCGAAACAGAAAAAGAAGCAGUAUUAGAUACUUUGGAGACAAUUGGAAUUAAUUCAUUGAUGGAUGGAAAAGACCAGGAAUUUGAACAAGAAGAAAUAAAUGGAAAAUCUCCAUCUAGGCUAGUCAAAUUUAUAUCAUCAGAAAACAUCAGCAACUUUGAAAAAGACACCAAUGUUAAAAUCCCUUUACCACGGCUAAGAGGCAUCUUAAGAAAGACUGGCCAUGCAGGUGAUAAAGAUGUACUGGAAGAGGAGGAUAACUCUGUUUUUGCUAAAACACAAUUUUCACAUUCUGCACCUUCAUCUCUGACAAGACUGGGUGGCAAAAUCUUAGAAAUUCAGCAAAGAACUCUCUCUGAAAGCCCUAAUUCUGAAGGGCCAUGGUUAACAAGCCCACGGACAUCAUUAGUAAUUCCUCAUCAGCGACCAGCUUCUGAAAAUCUUGGAGACUACCUUUUCCCUGUGUCUGCAGAAAGAUCUUCUAAAAUAGAUCAAGAACAAAUAGUAGAUGAAAAUCACAAUUGUAUGAAGUCAGGAGACAGUAACAAAUGUUCCUCUAUAGAAGAACAAAUGGUGAGUAAUACUUUGGAGAAAACAGAACAAAGUCAACUAACCAUUGAAGAACUUGAAAAAAACAUGAAAUCAAAACUGAUUGUGGAUGAGGAGAGAAAAUCUACUACUUCCAAUGUAAUCCAUAAGUCCCCCAUUUCACUCAAGGGCCUGCUCAAGACUUCAAGACACAUCUCUUCCAAGAAGAAAAAAAAUGAAGAUAAGAAUUUGAAGAAGAAAACAUCUAAAAGAAUGAAAAUAAACAGGAAAAAAACUCAGCCUACAACUACAUCUUCCCAGUACCUGGGAACUUUAAAGAUCUUGGACCAGAAACCUUCACAGAAACAUAAUCUAGAGCUUGACAAAGCGGAUUCCAUACGGGCAGCUGUAUAUCAGGAUUGGCUUGUGAAGAAAAAUUUAUGUUUUCAAGAACUUCAAAGAGUUAAAAAGAAUGAAGCUGAAAAUUUAAAAAUACAAAAUGAACAGAAAGGAGUCAAGAAAGAAGAAGCAUCAGCCUCUUUUGAAGCAUGGAAAGCCAUGAAAGAAAAGGAAGCAAGGAAAAUGGCUGCCAAAAAGAAACUUGAGGCGAAAAAAUUGAAGAAAAUUGAAGAGGAGAAUGCCGAGAAGAAAGGAGAAGCACAAAAAGCUUUUGAAAAAUGGAAAGAGAAAAAAUUGGAAUACCUCAAAGAGAAAAACAAAAAGGAGAAAGAAUUUGAAAGAGCAAAGAAAAAGAAAGAGGAAGAAUAUUUUGCUGAAAAGAUUAAAGACAAUUUAUCAGCAGUUGAACGAUGGCAUGAGCAAAAGGACUUUCUCAUCAGGCAGAAGAUGAAAGAGAAAACAAAUGAAAGGAAAAGACAAGAAAUUAAAAAGGUUCAAAAAGAAGAUAAAGAUAGAUUGGCUGUGAAUGAAUAUGAAAAAUGGCUGGAGAAAAAAGAAAGAAAAGCAAAAAUUGAGAGAAAACAAAGGAAACAUCAUGUUCUUUAUACAUCUGAAUCAAUUCCUCCAUGGAGUCCUCCAAGCAAACUUACACCAGCAAAAAAUUAUUGAGAAUUCUACUUCCAAUGCUGUCCAAUCCUUAUUUAAAUGUAACCAAUUUAAAAGGGGUUUCUGAACAUGCCUUGUAUAUUUUAUUUUUAGAGUGGAAAUUCCAUUUAAAUUGCAAUCCCAGAAGACUGCUCUAAUGUAAAAGAUAGUUUGGAGUUUAAUGAUGAAAACACUACACAGGCUGUACUUAAGCAGGUUGCCUCAAAAGCCAAGAAGCAGAUUAUUUCCAUUAAGACAACAAAUCUUCUAUCAUGUCCUUACAAUUCUCCACAAUUAGAUGACUUUAGUCUUGGCUAAUAUGUAUAUUCCCUGAUCCCUUUGUGAAACAGAAUCAUUUUAUUUUGCACACCAUCAAGGUACUAUGAUUAUUGAGGUGCUAUUUAAAUAUGUGAAUUUGUAGUACUUUCAUGUCUAUUUUUAAAUAUCUAUUCACUGGAAAAUAUGUAUAACAUUUCUUUUAGCUUAAAGCUAUUAUAUUUGCACUGAAGAAUUUUGGAACCAUGCCAAGUUAAUUUUUUGGUGAAUGGAGAUAGUUGCUCUAUAAAACUAAUGAUUCCCCAAAUCUUCUUUUAAAAAAAUUAUCUUUCUAUUUCCCAAAACAAACAUGCAAUUAAAAAAAAUUAAGUGCAUUUCAAUACUUCUGUUCUGGGUUCAAGUGACAGUGACAAGCACUUUUUAAAACCCUCUUGUUUCCAAACUCACUUUGAUUUUUGUUCCAUAAUUACCCUAGAGGGAAUAAGUUUUCGAUAAUACUAUAGCAUUAGCAUUAUCCAUUUGUCAAGAAAAUUCCACAGGAGUUCAAAGACAGUGCCAUUAAUAGUAUUUUUCCAAGAAGGAAGUAAAUUUGGCAGUGGUAGUUCUCAUGCCAUCUUGCCUGGUCCUUCUAGUGACAUUUGAAAACUAGCUGGCGAAAGGACAUGUGUGCAGGAGUUGGCCACAUAACCAAUUUCCCUCUUUAUACAACCCCUUGGAUUCAUUAGUAGCACCCUGCUUUUGUUUCUUUUUUCUUUUUGAACUAGCUAAGCUAGCGAUAGACAGAUCAAAUAUAUGCAUUCAGAAUUAAAGUGUUGCCUUAGUCUAGAAUGCAAUACCUAGAGAACAAUAGGAAUUUUUGAAGUCUAAAAAGAUUUUGGUAUUGAAUCAGCCUUAUAGAAAGUGUUUGGGUUCUCACAGCCAAAGAGCAAGUUUAGCUGUCCAAAGGAAUUUAUACCGUGAAGAAAUCGGUGGUUUUUAAAGUUGAUGGUACACUCAUGCAGUGUAGUCAAAUCGCUAGUUAAAUGAAGUAGGAUUUCAUAUAAUCCAAUUUUAUUCAAACCUUUACACUGUGUUUGGCAACAAGGCAAGAUAGAAGUUGCUCUUGAGCCAUCUUAGCUUUCCAGUAAACACUGCAGGUUUCAAAUAUUUUUUUUUUAAUCCUUCAGGCUUUCUGGGAGCUUAAGACUAUACACUGAUGAUUUCAUUGAUUCCACAGGACUUAUGAAAUAAUUGCACAAUCAGCAACACUGUUCUGGGAAUUAAAAAUAUGUUUUAAGGAAGAAAAUUUUUUUUCUUUUACUUGGAACCAGAGUGAUCCUGCAUCUAGUGAAAGUGUUUUAUCAAUAAUAUCAUCUGAAAGAUAUCACUGAAUUCUGAAAAUGUUGACAAUUAAAUAGAAGCCAGAAUGUCUUUCAAGAGAUAUACAUGAAGACUAUGGUGCCAACAUGACAAAGAUUCAGUCUAGAAAUAGCUUCCAUUUUGGGUUGUAAGGCUUUCUUUUUGUCUGUGAGACUUCAUGGUUAUAAUAUUUAUUGUAGACUUAACAUUAAAGAUUUAUAUAAUCUUUCUCAGAGUUUUGUGAAUUCCCCCAUACUUAAUAUUAUACUUAAUAUUAAAUGUGUAUUUUUUUUCA